AUGUCAGCAUUUGCUCAAACUGACUUCAAUUCUGAUCGAUAUGAAAGAUGUAGACCAACUUAUCCCAAUGAAUUCUUUCAAAUCCUGGACAAUUACCAUCAGGACAAACAGCGUUUGCUUGUAGAUGUCGGUUGUGGUCCUGGUACUGCUACUAUCCAAAUGGCUGGCGAAUGGAAAGCUUUUGACAGGAUUAUUGGAACAGAUCUUUCUCCAGCAAUGAUACAAACGGCUAAUCAACUGUCUAACACAGUACAUGACAAUCGUUUAUCCUUCUAUGUGUCCUCGAGUGACGACUUUGCAUUUCUAGGACCGAAUUACAAGAAUCAACAGACUGUGGAUAUGAUUACAGCUGCAGAAUGUGCCCAUUAUUUCGAUGAAAAGCGAUUUCAAGGCGCUGUGGCCUCUAAUUUACGUUCUAGAGGAACAAUUGCAAUAUUUGGUUACGGAGAUGCCAUAUUCUUAGAUUAUCCAAAGACUGACGCUAUCAUUAAUGAUGUAUCGUAUGGUAAAGAGAAGUUGGGGUCCUUGUGGGACGAACCUGGUCGGACUAUUGCUCGUGAAAUGCUAGCCAAAUGGAGUUUUGAUCCCAAAUUCUUUACCGAUAUCGAAGACUUUUCCUUACAAGCUACUACACUACGAUCUACAGCAGCCUCUGAGCUCCCACAAAAGCCGCUGCUAAUCAUUAGAGAGAUGACAGUGGCAGAAUACGCCUCUAACAUAAGAACGUGGAGUGCCUAUCACACAUGGCAGAAGAAGUUUGGCGGCUCGAAGCCAGAAUUGGGUAAUGAAUUUAUCAAGAAUGUUAAUAAGGUUUAUCCCGAACUCACGGCCUCUACAAAAGUUCGAGUAGCUUACAGCACAUACUACAAGUUUGCUAGACGGAUAUAA